AUGUCCACCGAGUCCUCGACGAGCCCACCAACAACACCAGUAAAUACUACUAUCAACAGAAUCACCAAGAGCCUCAAACGCAAGCGUCCAUCUGGCCUAUCGUCGGCACUGGGAGGCGAGGCCACCGACGCUCCCAAGAAGAAGAAGGCGAGCAGGGCCUGCCUCAACUGCCAGCGCGCCCACCUUACAUGCAACGACGGACGUCCUUGCCACAGAUGUAUCAAGAAAGGGAUUGCAGACUCGUGUACAGAAGGUCAUCGCAAGAAAGCGAAAUACUUGUUGGAAGACGAUGAACUCGAAACACUGAAACAGACUAAACAAGAAGCAAAUGGCACAGACUCGGGCACAACCGGCUUUAGAUCCUCCAUGGAGACGACAUCUAAUGAACCCGUCAUUCACAUGAAUUUUGAUCCGACCUUUACAUUUGGCUCAGAGGCAACCAACCUCGAAUACACCAUGCUCUCGGCCAUCCUGGGCAAUACCGUCGAUGACCAGCUAUUAUCCAUCUCUCCACCGAAUUACCCUUCCAUAGGACAUGCGCAACCACCGGCGCAGCAACCAACAACCCCGUAUCAGCAGAGCGGUACCGACUCUUCAUCAUCAUGGGCCAAUGGCGUUCCCCCUCGGCCACCAUCUUCUGUCUGCCAACCGCCGGAGACGCCGAUAGACCUCACUUUGAUCUCACCAGACAUCGCGACGCCGCAGCCAUCCUUGCGCUCUUCAUCCUCGUAUCCACAGCUCCAGCAACCGAGACCACCGUUCCCAAGGCAGACGACCUCGUUCGCAGACCCCAAUCCUCAACAACCGCGGCAAGAGUACUCGGCACUAGCCAACGACGGACCGCUGUCAUCAGCGCGAGUGGAACCAUCCCAUCCGCAUGGUGCUCCCAGCCCUGUCACCCAUUCAACCUCUCGGAUAAGCGACAUAUACAGGGGCACAACACGUCCUUUUGACUACACACAGGUGAUUACCUUUAAAUUCCUUGCGCACUCCAUGUGCUAA